ACCAAAAUGAGUGGCACAUCGCGGAGCUCCACCCCUGCCACAGCCUCUACUGCCAGAGUGGAACCAGCGGUGGGAUCUUUUCCCACGUCUCUAUCGCAUAACGACAAAGAUCGCGAGGACUUACAGGAGCUGUGCGAACUUGCUGGGGUUCCAAUGUCCCGGGAACUUCUAAACGUAAUCCACUCACUUUUAUCCUCACCACUAAACGUAUCGCCUACGGCCUUAUUUCACGUGUUGAAAGAGGCUACAGCUGGGACGCAAUCUGCGGGUGAAAAAGAGAGUAAUGGUCCGGCAACUGCUUCGUCAAUGGUGGAAGUAAAUGGAAGUUUGGCCAAGCGGAAAGCUCAAACUCCUCGUUAGACCAGAAACUUUUUUUGUUAUUAACCAAAAUUAGUUUUAAUUAGUUACAUACAGACAUGAAUUCCUAUACAUCGGAUGUUUUUUUGAUGUUGAAUCUGUGGUGUAAAUUUUACGUGUACAACUACGAUUUUGACUUCUGAUUUUUGAUUGCAGUAAAUAUUUCAGUCUAACAUUUUAUAUUAGAGCAAGUUCCAAAUCAGUGUUUCGCAGUUUUUAUACUGACUGAUAAAGGCAAUUGCAUUACAGCGUUUCAUUUUAUUCUCUUUUGUAUAGCAGAGAUAAACUCUAAAUUUUGAGAUUUAUCUGAGAACUUAGCACAUAUAUGACAGCUCAAUUUUUCUAAUCAGUUCGAUCAUUGUUUCAAAAAAUUUUGCUUCGUUAUAACUGGCGUUUAGAAAUUUGUUCAAUUGUUACUCCGAUAUACGGUUAAUUUUGCCCUCUGGUGACAAUGCCGAAGAAGUCAAUUGUGAAGAAAUCGGACUGCAAACAGAUCUCAAACCCACAAAAGAACUUCCUGAUAGCGGCCAUAUGUGUGUACAUAGUGAUUUUGGCCAUGUCUUUCUGUGGUCACUACCACAUGUGUGGGCAAAAUGGAGACGGAUCCCAACAAGGAGGACUCUGGAAUGUCUGCAAUACGCUGGGAUGCAUUUUCAUCAUGAACCAGGUUAUAAUUGACAUUGAAAUUCUGGGCGUGCCACCCGAAGAAGAGUAUGGCUACAUUGACUUCGACGACGAUGAUGAGAAAAAUGCGACCGAUUACUACGGCAGGAUUCCCUCAGACUACAUGCUGCUCAAGGCGUCCCGCUUCGGACUGCUGGCAUCACACCUUUUUGGAACUGGUCUGAUUGUCUCGAUGGGGUUGAGAAUCGGUCUGUUCUUCAAGGGCACCGUAGCUCUUGCUUUACUUGUUAGUCAGGCUGCUUGCCAUUAUAUUUGUAUAAUGAUGGCCGCUCUGGUAAUGCACAUUGCCAUUGUGGGACUAUACGAAGAGGUGAAGUGGGUGGUAUAUGUUAUGAUUGCUACUUUUGCACUGACUAAUGUCGCCAUUUGGAUACCCUUUAUACCUUUAAUUAAAGAACACUUGGAGGAGCAUGAAGUAAUUGAGAAAAAGGAUUGAUACACGGGUAUUGUCUUGAUUUCAGUUAUUGGAAGCGGUCACCGAAUGUGAAAAUACAAUAAAAGAUUUAAUUU